AUUCACCAAACUCUCAAAAACUUUUAAUUAAAUUUUUUUUUCUUCAUACUCUCAAUCAAAUCGCAAUUCAAUCAACACUAUCAAUUUUCUUUUAUUUAUUCCUAAAAAAUUACGGAAGAAAAACCAAAAGAAAAGAAAAAGAAAAGGAAAAUUAAUUUUUGUGUGUGAUGAUGGAAACGAAUAGUCAGACAAGCACUGUUGGUGUUGUUCGUUCGAUUGCUGUUCUUCUUCGUGAUUUCUUCUUCUUUUUAUUUCUUUUAAUAUAUAAUUUUUUUUUCUCUCGGGGUUUAUUAAUGAUCUUGUCGAUAUUGCUCUCUCCGUUGUUAAUAAUGUUUAAUGUUUUUGAUUUUAUUUGCGAAAUUCCCAAUCACAUUCGUAGUAGUCUCGUAGAGAGAGAAAGUUUUUCUUUUUGGUUUUUUUGGUGGAUUUUUAUUCUUCUUUACUUCUUCUCUUUAUUUUCCUCGUCAAACCAAAAAUCCAACGGUGUUCGUGAUGCUGUUUCUUCCUCCUCUCUUCAGAGAAAAACCCAGAAAAACCAUUCCUUUGAUUCCUCCUUUCCCCCACGAAUUUUACUCCUCUGCUCAAGCUUUUUGAUCUAUCUUGUUCAUUGAAGUUUAACAAAAAAAAUGGAAGGUGUGUGUGAAGAAGCAGAGAAGAACAAAACACCUGAAGGUGCUGAGAGUAAGUCUAAACGGAAAAUGAAAACAGCUGCUCAGCUUGAAGUUCUUGAAAAUACUUACGCAGCUGAGCCUUAUCCUUCGGAAGCAAUAAGAGCGGAUCUCUCAGUCAAACUAAAUCUCUCCGAUAGGCAGUUACAGAUGUGGUUCUGUCACCGGCGGCUUAAAGACCGGAAAUCCACAACUCCGAGCAAACGCCAGCGUAAAGAGCCGCCGGCGUCGUCAACGGCGGUUGAAUCCUCUAUACCAGCCGUCAAUGCCGGUGAUUUGGUGGCGGGAAAUGAGCAUAACUCGUUUGGUCACGAGCUUGAUUCCAGAAGAACCCCGCGAGGCGGUGGUGGUGGUGGUUUAACGGUGGUUAGGCGGUUUAGUGAACCGUCUUCCGCCGAGGUUAGAGCCGUUGGUUAUGUGGAAGCUCAAUUAGGAGAGCGCUUGAGAGAUAACGGACCGAUUCUUGGAAUGGAGUUUGAUCCUUUGCCUCCUGGUGCAUUUGGUAUGCCUAUAGAGUUGCCAAGCCAUAGGAAGGCGGCUAGGCAAGCUUUUGAGACCAACAUAUAUGUCCGGUCUGAUGUCAAGCCAGUUAAAGAGUCUGUGAGGACCAUUCGUGAAUAUCAGUUCCUUCCUGAACAACCAUCUUCAAAGACUGAUCAUUCAGAAAGAGCUUCUCCUUCGCACCAUUUUGGAGUUCCACUUGAUGCUUCGGUUUUGAGGGCUUCAUCAGUGUCUGCUGGACAUCGUGAUGACUAUAAAGUUUCACCGAGGAUACCAAACUUGAAUCUUUCAACUCAUCAGGGGAAACACGUCUUUUCGCCUAAUUUGGGAGAAUAUGACUCACCGUAUCAGAAACCCUACGUGGAUACUGGAAACUUAAAUCAUGAGGAUCCAUUUAUACAAUCAGAGAGAGAAGUUGGUAAUGAUGAUGAUGAUGGUGAGGAUGAUGUUAUGCAACUGGAGAGAAAACGCAAGAGUGAAGAAGCAAGAAUAUCUCGGGAAGUCGAGGCUCAUGAGAAGAGGAUCCGAAAAGAGCUUGAAAAACAAGAUAUGCUGAGACGAAAGAGAGAGGAGCAAAUGAGGAAAGAAAUGGAGAGACAAGACCGUGAAAGACGGAAAGAGGAAGAACGGCUUUUACGUGAAAGGCAGAGAGAGGAAGAGAGAUACCUCAAAGAGCAGUUGCGAGAGAGGCAGCGCAGAGAGAAGUUCUUGAAGAAAGAAACAAUCAGGGCUGAGAAAAUGCGGCAAAAAGAAGAGAUGCGUAGGGUAAAAGAGGUUGCUAGGCUUAAAGCUGCUAAUGAGAGGGCCAUUGCUCGUAAGAUCGCAAAGGAGUCUAUGGAACUUAUUGAAGACGAGCGAUUAGAACUCAUGGAGGUCGCUGCACUAACCAAAGGAUUGCCUUCAAUGCUCGCUCUUGACUUUGAAACUUUACAGAACCUCGAGGCAUAUAAAGAUAAGAAGGUGAUAUUUCCCCCAACAUCUGUAAAAUUGAAAAAGCCUUUUGCUGUCAAACCAUGGAAUGGUUCUGAUGAGAAUGUUGCAAAUCUUCUUAUGGUGUGGAGAUUCUUAAUCACUUUUGCGGAUGUUCUUGGCCUUUGGCCAUUUACUCUGGAUGAGUUUACUCAAUCAUUUCAUGACUAUGACCCACGGCUAAUGGGAGAGAUACACAUUGUUCUUUUGAAGACUAUAAUCAAAGAUAUUGAAGGUGUUGCAAGAACAAUAUCAAUGGGCGUUGGAGCAAACCAGAACGCUGCAGCUAAUCCCGGAGGUGGUCAUCCCCAUGUCGUGGAGGGUGCAUAUGCUUGGGGUUUUGAUAUACGCAACUGGAGAAGAAACUUGAAUGUUUUUACUUGGCCUGAAAUCUUGAGGCAACUCGCUCUCUCUGCUGGGUUAGGACCACAACUGAAGAAACCAGACAUUAAAACCAUGUCUGUUCAUGAUGACAACGAGGCCAACAACUCUGAGAAUGUGAUUUUCAACUUAAGGGUUGGAGUAGCAGCUGAGAAUGCUUUUGCCAAGAUGCAAGAAAGAGGUCUUUCUAAUCCGCGACGUUCACGGCAUCGUUUGACUCCAGGCACAGUUAAAUUUGCUGCCUUUCAUGUUCUGUCUAUUGAAGGCGAAAAGGGUUUGACAAUUCUCGAUGUUGCAGAUAAGAUUCAGAAAUCAGGAUUGAGGGAUCUAACGACGAGCAGGACACCUGAAGCCUCGGUUGCUGCUGCGUUGUCUCGGGAUUCGAAACUCUUUGAGAGAGUAGCUCCUUCUACUUACUGUGUGCGUGCUUCCUAUAGAAAAGAUGUAGGUGAUGCUGAGACUAUAUUCGCUGAAGCGAGGGAGAGAAUACGCAUGUUUAAAAGUGGUGUUACCGAUGUAGAAGAUGUUGAUGACGCUGAGAGGGAUGAAGAUUCCGAAAGCGAUGUCGCAGAUGAUCCAGAGGUUGAUUUGAAUCUUAAAAAGGUAGAUCCUGAUGCUGUGGAGAUAGAAAACUUAGCCGGUGUCGAACCUGUGUUGGAAAAUGGGAAAUUGGAAACAGUUACCAUGAAAACCGAACAGGUACUGCCUCUUAAAGAUGAGAAAAGAGAUGAUAGUUUAGCAAAUGAAGCUCUAGAGGAUCCGGUUGCCAACGAUGAGGACAAUGCUUGUUUUGAUGAAAGUAAACUUGGGGAACAGUGGGUUCAAGGACUUGUGGAAGGAGACUACUCGAAUCUCAGCGUCCAGGAGCGUUUAAAUGCACUUGUUGCUCUCAUUGGUAUCGCCAUCGAAGGAAACACAAUCCGGAUCGCCCUUGAGGAACGUUUGGAAGUUGCGAGUGCGUUAAAGAAACAAAUGUGGGGUGAAGUACAACUCGACAAACGAUGGAAAGAAGAGUCUUUGAUUCGAGCCAACUACCUUUCAUACCCAACGCCAAAGCCGGGGCUGCUUAAUAACGCAACCGCUGCAUCAGGAAACCAAGAAAGCUCAUCAGCUGAUGUGACUCCAAUCUCCUCACAGGACCCAUUGAGUCUUCCACAGAUCGAUGUGAACACAGGACCAAGCUUGCCAUCGCAAGAAAAUGUAUCUGGAAUGGAGAGUUUGCAGUAUCAGCAGGGUUACACAGCGGACAGGGAAAGGCUCCGUGCACAGUUAAAAGCGUAUGUUGGAUAUAAAGCAGAAGAGCUAUAUGUAUAUAGAUCACUUCCACUGGGUCAAGAUCGAAGGCGUAACCGUUACUGGCGGUUUUCGGCGUCUGCAUCUCGGAACGAUCCCGGUUGUGGAAGGAUAUUUGUUGAACUUCAGGAUGGUCGAUGGAGGCUCAUUGAUUCCGAAGAGGGUUUUGACUAUUUGGUGAAGUCACUAGAUGUUCGAGGUGUACGAGAGUCACAUCUACACUUCAUGUUGCUGAAGAUCGAAGCAUCUUUCAAGGAUGCAGUGAGGAGGAAUGUGGAUUGUUCCAUAUCUUCUAGCUUAGAUUCCGAUACUGAAGAGAUCUCCACGACGUUUAAGAUGGAGCUAGGGGAUCAUCAUAACGCCAUGGCGAGAUUCCGGAGCUUUGAGAAGUGGAUGUGGGAUAACACGCUGCAUCCUGGUGCAUUAUCUGCGUUUAAGUACGGAGCCAAGACAAGCGGUCCGCUUUUACGCAUUUGCAGAAUCUGUGCGGAGUUGAACUUUGUUGAGGAUGUUUGUUGUCCGAGUUGUGGUCAGAUGCAUGGUGGUUCGAAUGUUGGUGAGCUGUGUUUUGCUGAACAAGUGGCUCAGCUCGGUGAUAACUCGAAAGGAGGAGAUCCUUUGUUUAUCUUGCGUGGCUCGGUCUCGUCUCCUCUGAGAAUAAGACUGCUCAAGAUUCAAUUAGCACUUAUCGAAGCUUCUCUUCCACCAGAAGGACUUCAAGCUUUUUGGACCGAGAAUCUAAGAAAGUCAUGGGGUCUGAAGCUGUUGUCAUCAAGUUCCCCUGAAGAACUUCAUCAGGUUCUCACAGCUUUAGAGGUAGCACUAAAGAGAGACUUCCUGUCUUCAAACUUCGAAACAGCUUCAGAACUCUUGGGUUUACCGGAGGAAUCUCUCGCCAGCGAUCUCUCUUGUUCCGGUAAUGUACUACCGUGGGUACCAAAGACAACGGGUGUAGCUUUGAGACUCUUUGAACUCGACAGCUUCAAUGUUACACCACCUGAUCAAAACACGAUCUCAAAAGACAAAGAAUCCCAAGAAUUUCGUCGUAAUUUUCUUGUUCACAAGGAUUUGGAGACGAAGUUUCUGAGUAAUGUCCAAGAAAACGAUGCAAUGGAGACGACUCCGGUGCAAGUUGCUUACACGCACGAAGAGAACUGGACAGAGCCUGGUGUCUCUAGCUCUGGUCGAGGUCGACCACCACGAGGACGUGGCCGGCCUCGUUCCCGUGGCAAGAAACCGUCGUUGGCUUCUUCUUCUGGUAGACCACCAAGAGGUGGAGCAAAUUCAAAUGGUGAAACAAUGUUGAGACCAAGAGCUCAACCUCGCGGCGGGGGUAGAAAGAACGGACGGCGGAGCAGCACCAGAAGCCGGUUGAGACCGACAAAAGGAACGCUCGGUAUAUCUAAUGAAGGAGGAGGAGGAGGAGGAGGAAGACGAGCUAAAGAAGUUGUUGUAACCACCAAGAACGCUUUUCCUGAUAAUGAUGAUUGGAUUGAGACGCCUGAAUUGCAGGAGGAUGAUGAUGGAGAAGCUAGCAGCUCGGGGAGGUCGUUUCAGUAUAAGGAGGACUAUGACGAUGUCAUGGCUCCAUUUGAUGGGGAAUCAAGUAAAUUAGUAGGUAGGGGUGAGUUUAGUUUACAUAGUGAUGAUGAAUACGAAGAAGAAGAUGAAGAAGAAGAAGAAGAUAUGAAAAUGGAAGUGAAUGUUGAUGAUGAAGAUGAAGAUUAUGUAAACGAGGAUUUUGAUGGUAGAGAGCAGCCGGAGAUUAGUAUUGAUGCAGCUCGGAAAAGGUUUCCUUUCGAAGAUCCUGAUCUAACAUCUUCAUCUUCUUCCGAUUUUCAGUGACUGAUUAUUAGAACAGAAACAAAACGCUGAAUUUAACAGUUCACAUUUUUAUUAACCCUUUUUUUUUUUUUAAUUAAGGUGGCAUCAAUUGUGAUCU